GCUUGCCCUAAAGUAGAUCUUGUUUGAAUUCAGCUGUGUCUUGAUUGUGCUUUAUAUCCUCGAUCUUCUCCCUCCACCGACCGUCUCCUGUGAAGCAUUCACUUGCUUCGUUCUCGCCCCCUCCAUCUUCUCAGCACAAAAAAUGGCCUCCCAGCUCUCCCAGCAAUAUGCUUGUUCGUUAAACAAAUUAUCCAGUCCAAGUUUGCUUUGAUCUAAGCACGCCCACAUACAUGCCAAUAGAGGGAUUCGCUGUCUACGAUGUCCCAGCUCGCACAUACCACUACAGCCCCGACGGCCGUCUCUUCGCAUACGCGCUACCAACUGUUGUGCGGAUCUUUCUGGCCGAAGGCGCACAGUUGCUCCAAGAACUGAGCGUUCCAAAUGUCAUCGAACUCAGGUUCUGCCCGCGCGGGACAUACAUCUCUACAUGGGAGCGAUCAGCUGGAAGAUGGCGCGUAGCACAAGGACUUCGUGUCUUCUCCGCGUUGGACUGGCGCGGGCGACAAUGUGCCUGCCUCUGGCAGACGGAGCUCGUGUGGCCUCAACCUCUUGAUGAUGCUACCUACGACAACGCCCGAAGGCUCUACUCCUACUGACUAAGCUGCGCAAAGGGUGGCAAACACCCGCCUGCACCCCCCGCUGGAGGGGUACCCCACUCCAGCGUCUACCGGCGAGGAGCUCAUCUCAUUCACACAGAAGUCGCAGGAGAACUGGGAC